CACGCCCGGGUGGGCCCGGCCCUGGCUCCUACUCCCCACGGCGGCCACCCCUGCUGCCUUCCUGUCCCCUCGGGCGUUGGGGGGUCGGGCAGAGCAGGACAUGGGUGACCGGAAGUGGGAGUUGUGAGUGUCGCAGCCCGGGGCGGGGAGGGCCCAGGCGCUGUCGGGCCUCCGCGACUCACGCAUGGAGAGUGCUGGGCGUCGGGCUGCGGACCGACCGCUAACCGGGACGCACGGGCUCUGCUGGGCAGAGGCUGUGCUGAAGCGACCGGCCUCUUCGGGCGCGGGAACAUGAGGCCAGGCCCGGACCCCGCUGCGGGAGUGGCGCGCGAUGUGCGGGCCUGCCCGGGUCGCGGGUGAACGGCGCGGCGCCCCGGGACUCGGUAAUUGGCGCGAGCGAGCGCGCGCAUGCGCGGGGCGGCGGCGGGCACGUGGCGGGGCGCAGGGCUGCACCGCGCGGGAAGCGCCUCGGUGUCCUGGAGCCCUGCGGGCCUGGCGACCUCCUGCUUCAUGUGCCAAGUGUAAUGGAGACCGGCGCCACCAUGGGCCCCACUCUGCUAACGCCACCUGGUCCCUGUAGUCCAGAGCAGCCCUGAAGGGGCCGCCGCUGGUCUCGUUUACUCCGUGUGGGCCCUGGAGCCAACCUGUCCUGAGUCUCCACCCUGCAGCCCGUCGUUGUUGGCGGCGGCAUGGUCUUCUGUCUGGAGAACAAGGAAGCGCGCCGCCCGCUGGGAAGCACCAUGGUCCAAUUCCAGGCCUCUGAAGUCCAGCAGCUGCUACACAACAAGUUCGUGGUUAUCUUGGGGGACUCAAUCCAGCGGGCUGUGUACAAAGACCUGGUGCUUCUGCUCCAGAAAGACUCACUGCUCACAGCCGCCCAGCUGAAAGCCAAGGGGGAGCUGAGCUUUGAACAGGACCAGCUGAUGGCUGGGGGUCAGCUGGGUGAGCUGCACAACGGGACACAGUACCGAGAGGUCCGCCAGUUCUGCUCGGGUUCUGGCCACCACCUUGUACGCUUCUACUUCCUCACCCGCGUUUACUCCGAGUACCUCGAGGGAAUCCUGGAGGAGCUGACAUAUGGGCCUGCCCCGGACCUGGUGAUCAUCAACUCCUGCCUCUGGGAUCUCUCCAGGUAUGGCCGCUGCUCGAUGGAGAGCUACCGAGAGAACCUGGAGCGGGUGUUCAUGCGCAUGGACCAGGUGUUGCCAGACUCCUGCCUGCUGGUGUGGAACAUGGCAAUGCCCCUAGGAGAGCGUGUCACUGGGGGUUUCCUUCUGCCUGAGAUGCUGCACUUUAUCACUCAGCUCCAGCCCCUGGCAGGCUCUCUGCGGCGGGAUGUGGUUGAAGGGAACUUCUACAGCGCUACACUGGCUGGGGACCACUGCUUCGAUGUCUUGGAUCUCCACUUUCAUUUCCGGCAUGCAGUACAGCACCAUCACCGGGACGGUGUCCACUGGGACCAGCAUGCCCACCGCCACCUCUCACACUUGCUUCUGACCCACGUGGCUGAUGCCUGGGGUGUGGAGCUGCCAAAGCGUGACUAUCCCCAUGGCCAGCCCUUCCCACCCCAUGAAUUCUUCAACUUUAAUCCAACAGAAGACUGCUCGAUGCCACCCCACUUAGGAUGUAGCCCCGCAGUGAACUUUGUGCCUGGCCCCCUGCCUCCUCCAGUCUCCAGCCCUAUCCCCCAUGGUCAGCACCGGGGCCUGGCCGUCCACCGGGGGAUGCCACGCUGUAUUCACACCAGCCCCUACCACGUGCCAAGGACAGGGGCACCCUGCAGGCAGCGUCCCAGACACUCAGACAGGCUGAUCCAUACAUACAAACUGGACAAAUGGCCUCCUCCCCAUUCGGGGACGUGGCCUGGGUAGAGUGGAUCUUAUGCUGGAGCUGAAUGUGCCAGUGGCCCUGCAGUGCCUGCUUCCCACCCCAGGUGCUGGGCCAGGGUAUCUUGCUAUGCCUGGCAUUGUUGUUGUCCAUUGCUGUCACCAAUAAAGGCAUGGAAGAACAGA